AUUAUAUUAUACAUACAUACAUACAUACAUACAUACACACACACGCGCGCGCGCGCGUACCGAUUAUGACAAACUUGAAAGAACCUCCAGAGCUAGAGACUAGGAAGCUUUACCACCGCUAGUCAGAAGGGCGGGGAAAGUAACUACGUGGGGUUGUAAAUUGUUUCGAUUUGCAUAAAAGGGAGGUCCGAGUGGUAAGGAGACCCAUCAGCAGCGGCUUCAGAGUUUUCUAAUCUAGAGUGAGGACCGUCUGUUGUCGCUUUAAAGAACGGGUCGUUUUUUGUUUUCCUAAAAGGAAACUAAAGUGGAAGAAGAGGUUAACCCUCAAAAAAUUCUCCCGGGGGGAGGGGGGCAGGAGAAUAAAGCUUCCUGGUCCGUCGAGGCGGGAGCAGAGGCGCUUUGGAUUUAAGGUGGGAGAGGAGAGGUGGUAGAGCUCCGGUCCGCAACCCUUCCGGAGAACUGUAUUUAUCUGCUUCAGCUCCGGACCCCCAGCUCAGCGCACCAUGACCGAAAUCACCGAAAAGGAGAAUGACCCCCAACAUAGCACGGAUGCGCAGCAGACCACGAGCACCGGUUCCAGCCUGCAAGAAACAAAGUUACAAAGGUUCAAACGCUCUCUGUCACUCAAGACCAUCCUGCGCAGCAAGAGCAUGGAGAACUUUUUUCUGCGCUCUGGUAAUGAGUUCAAGCUGCCCUCCGAUGUCCUGCUCAGCCCUCCUGAUUCCAUGCCACCCCCCUCUCCACCCCCAGUUCCCUCUGAAACAGAAAUCUCCCCCAGAGCCCUCCACAAGUCCCUGGGGACCCUCAAGCCCAUGAAGACCCACAGUUUCCAGGAACACAUCUUCAAAAAACACAAUCCUUGUGAAAUUUGCCAUCAGCUUAUUGUAGGAAACUCCAAACAAGGUUUACGAUGCAAGACAUGCAAAGUGAGUGUGCAUCUGUGGUGUUCAGAAGAAGUUUCUCAUCAGCAGUGCCUUGGCAAGACACAGGCAACCUCUUUCCGCCGUAAUCUUAGUUCUCCUCUGCUGCUACACGAACCACAACCCCAACCAGCCCCAGCCAAGGAAUCUCCUCCUACAGCAGGCCCCAGUGGAAAGGUAGAUCCCGUUUAUGAGACUUUGCGCUACGGCACUUCACUGGCCUACAUGAAUCGCUCCAGCUUCAGCAGCACUUCAGAGUCCCCCACCAAGAGUCUGAAUGAGAAGGAGGACAUAGUUCAGAACGCAGAAGGCUCAACAGCAGGUGGAUCAACAGCAGAGGAAAAUAUUACCGAUAAUGAAGUCAUUGGAGAUAUCCAAGAUGGCUUUAAUAAAGUUUUCUCAGUGGCCACAGAAGGUGAAAGCCCUGUUUUGGAGGAAAAUAACUCAGGGCAACAGCCAUCUCAAGGAUCUAUACGCAAAGAGGUGUCAUCCAUGUAUUCUUAUGUUGCUCUGUACAAGUUUCUGCCUCAGGAGAACAAUGAUCUGCCACUGAAGCCAGGAGACCGAAUCAUGCUGAUAGAUGAUUCUAAUGAAGAUUGGUGGAAGGGAAAGAUGGGAGACCGCAUUGGCUUUUUCCCAGCCAAUUUUGUCCAGCGAGUUCGCCCAGGUGAAACUGUCUGGAGAUGCUUCAGGACUUUCUGUGGCAACAAAGAACAGGGACAGCUGAGCCUUAAAGAAAACCAGAUCUGUGUUGGUGUGGGAAAGACCAAAGAGAAUGAAGGUUUCAUAAAGGUGACAAGUGGCAAAAAACGUGGGCUGGUGCCUGCUGACACUCUGACAGAAAUUUGAAGACAAAAGAUGAAGAGCAAAAUGAGAGAAGUAUACACUAAAAAGAGGAAGCCUACAAGGCGAGUGAUGCUGCCUUGUGUUCUCUAGGCCACCCCCAUAUUGGAGCACCUGGGUAAUCACUGUUUCACGGAAUCUUCCCACUGGAUCUUGUGAGCAGCUUUUGUGAAAGGGAUGAAAGAAGGCUUGAGGGGGAACUGGCAGGAGCAUCGCUUGCUAUGUAUCUUUAUCCAUGUGCAGCUGGAAAUUCACUCCUGUUUGACUUAGUUUCUCAUCACAUUCACUGCAGUCUCUGUAAAGGUCUUUGGUGAGAGCUCUCUGUGUUGUGAGUGUGAGCGAGAUUUCCUGUUGUAAUUCACACCCUGUCUUCUUGUCUUUGGACCUUGGCAAUAGAUGCCAGUUAAUAAUUAACCAGUCUUAACUUAUUGGGAGGGAUCUAUCUUAGUGUAAGGCUCUUGACCCCCUCCCAUUUUCAGAAAUACCCCAACAAUGCUGUGUUGCAUGCAAGUUACCCAUGGAAAUGCAAAGCCCUGCUCUGACUAAGAAGACCACAUGGUGUGUUGGUUUCUAUGUUAGUUUUCUUUCUCUGUAUUUGUGUGACUGUAUCACCUUCUGCCAAAAAGAUGGUGUGGCCAGGCAAUUAUAUACAGCCUUUUGUUGGUCACAUACUGAGGAAUCUUACUUUGGAGCCUCUUCUGCUUAAUUUUUAGGAGGCAAAGUGGUUGGCAUUGUAUUGUCCCCUUUCCUGGCUCCUGGGGAAAUCGUACAACUAUGUUUGCUCCUCAGUGUGUAGUGGCUGACCCACCAUAUAACUGAUGGCAACAUCGAUCAUUUCUCAGGGACCUUCCUUAACCAGACGCUUUUCUAAACUAAACAGAGAAUAUUACUGCUUUGCUCAUAGGAGUUCAAAGGCCCUGGUUACUCCAAAUUUCCUUGUUUCCCAGCAUGCUUUCAGCUAUGUAAUUUGCAGAUAUAUUUUUAUAAAAAGGAAAGAAAGAAGGAAAAUUUUUAUGAUUUGAAAAGCGGUAUUUAAUAUGGUAUUUUCAUAGACAUCCCUAGAAUGAUUAAACUGGCAUUUUUCUGACUUGAUCUGCUGGUUAAGAAGAGACGCCUUAUUAAAUCCUAUGUUUCUAGGGCCCAGUUGGAAUAUAUAACAGGCCAUGUGUAUUGGCCUGUGAAAGAUAGCACACAUGAAAUACUUCUGUAAGUGAGAUAGACCAUUGAUCACCAUUCAGUAUAUAUAACAGAUCCAGUACAUUAUUAAAUACAUUUAAACAUGAUAUACAUGCAUGGCUCAUUUACAUAGGUUAAGCAUUUAUUUUCUUAUAUUGCAUAAUCAAGCCAGGGAAACAGAGUUCUUUCCUAGGUAUUUACACUGUGACUCUAGCCUAUUAAUGACAUAGCAAUAGGUAUUCCUUUCUUUCCCCAAAACUCCAGAAAUAUAUCUUUUUAUUUUGUUCUUUAAAUUGCCCAAACAGUAUACAAAAUACAGAGUUAAGUUCUUAAUUCAUCAGGUAUUUUCAAAAUAAGAUUUAAAAACAUCUUCCUCUUCAAAAUUUAUCCACGCUGCAAAGCAAGAAAAAUUCAAUUAGUACUUCUGUUUUAGUUGAGAUCAGACAGUGGUGGGAUUCAGCCAGUUCGCACCACUUUGGCAGAACCAGUAGCUAAUUUUUUGUUGCCCAGGCCCAAAACAGACUUCUGGAAGCUGCAUCCACACAGAGAACCGGUUGUUCACAUAUUUGAAUCCCACCACUGAGACUAGAGUAUUGUUCCAAGCAUUUCCAUAUUAUAAAGACAUCACUAUAUUGGCCUGAUUCACAUCUAUAUCAUGAAAUUUCUCUAAGCAAUGACUUGCAAAUAUGAUGACCAGAUUUCAUAACCAAGAAGUUUAUAUCAUUAGGAAUGCUUUCAGCAAAUGAGCUUAUGCGUUCAGUUGCCAAAAAUUAAGCAUAAUAAAAUCAAAUAAUGUAAAUGCAUAUGUGUCAGACUUUAGCUAGGAAAAUUUAUUGCUUGCAGAGCUAAUAUAAAAACAAUAAGGAUUAAAAUGUAUUUAAAUGUCAGUGUCACCAAGUGGAAGCUGUACAGGAAAAAGAAGCACUUAAUGCUUGUUGGACAAUUUGUGCUAAAGUAUGGCACAAUAUAUCUUCCACCAAGUACACAGAUUUAUAUUGUCUUUUCUGGGUCAAGAUCAUGAAAAUAGAUGGUAUAAUCAACAAGAGAUUAUAACAGUACCAAUUUUCCAAAAUAAAUAAUGCUUAGAGACCAACAACAGGAAAAUCUAUUUGAGAGAUGGAUUUUCCAUUCUUAUUUUGUUAUGCAUAGCUAUGUUUGCACUAUUUCCAAAUUACUGUUGGAUUGAAAUUUUCCACUUUUUGUGCACUAAUUUGGGGUUAUCUAAAAACUAAUCAAGCACUUGCUAAGUGCUUAACCACUGUCUCAGUAAACAUGCAAAUUUUCAACAUGUACAGCAGCAUUUUUGAAGAGUUUUGCUAGCUUGUCAGAAUCAAAAAAAAAUUAGAUCCAUAAUCUCGAUUAUCAUGUCAAAAGUGGUAGGAGGGAAGUACAUAAGGCGUAAUAUGAGAUCUUCCAACUGAAGGGUUUAGGUUCCCUAAUGCAUUAACUGGUAUAGCAGAUGUAAUGUCCUCACUGGUGAUCCUUUAUUCUUCUUUAACGGUUUUAUUCAGUAUGUUGGAGUUAACUGGAACAUACUGAAGCACAUUAUGUUUAUUUCUUUUCUAGUUAAAAAUAAUAUAAUUACUUCUCAGUAAAGAACAUCAUUCUUGAAAACAUCCCUAGUGGGGACUAUAAAAUUGAUUAGAAAAAUGGAAUAUGGGAUAAGGAAGAACAUGUGGCCAAAUACUACUGGCCUUACUUGAUUAGUACUCCUAAUGAAUAGGGUAAUAGUGGUGAUCUGAUCAAGAGUUCUCCAGAAUAAAAGGCAGCAAGAAGCAAGGUGAGAUACAGAAGAUGUGAAGGGAGGGAAAUAUAAUUUUGAAUAUAAUUAUGAGAAAACAUGUUUCUCUUGAUAAUGUCAUACUGAUUUUGGGAAUUAAAUCCAAAAGAUGUGUUUACUUGCCCAGUGGAUCUCCUGAGCUACUAGUGCUGGGUUUAUUUGUUUGUUUUGGGCGGGGGGGGGGGUAGUUUGUUUUUUUUCUUUGUUGGCUAAUUGUCACAGCAAUAAGUGAUUAUACAUCUAAAACAAACAUAAUACCAUGUUAACAUAUUUUCCUUCUUAGGCAGGCUGUGUGGGAGACUGGUCACAAAAACAUUCAACCUACAUUUGAAAUCUCCAUUGUAUAGAAAGCGUAGCACACUUGAUUCCUUGCUGGAAUCCCACUCAUCUAAGCAAUAAUGUUCAAUUCCUUUUUGGCUGCAUGUAAACAUAUAUGUUCAUAAAUGGCACCUUUGCAUAUGUUGAAGAAUACAUUGUGGUUCAAAGGGGAGAAAAUGGAAGAAAUGUUCUAAAUUAAAUACUAUAAUGCACCAAACACUGUGAUUGAUAGGUUUUUCUUCUCCUGAUUUGGUCAAAGUAAUAUUGGUUUAUUGCCUUUUGGCAAGAUAGUAAAAGGUAUGGUGAAGAAUUCGUAAAGCCAGAACCUUAUACUUGAAGGUCAGCACUUUGCCUAAGCUGUUCUUAUCAAACGUUUCUCUGUGUCUUAACUGGGUACUUCAUUCUUUAAAUAACUGUUGUUUCACACUUGCUAUCAAUGCUAUCAUCACCAAGCAAAUGAACUUUGCAGCUUAUUCAUAUGGAUAUAAUGUUUAAAAUAUUUGAUAUAUUUUCACAGAACUGGUAGUGUUCUUGACCUUGAAUAUAUCAACGAUCCAAGCUAUUUAAUACAUAUCUUGGAAAUUUACUAUUGGCAAGCUGCUUGCAAAUUCUAAAGUCCAUAAAUAUGCUUAUUUGUCCAAUAUAGCAAGACAUCCUGAUCUGAAGAACUUGGAUGACAUGCACAGUGCUUACGCAACUAAUUGGGAUAGUAAUAGUAAAUCUGUCUUUACACAGUGAAAGUUAAUGUGUGUGGUGAGAUAGUGCUCUGCUAAUAAUCUCUAUCUAAUGUAUUGUGUAAGAUAGAAAGAUACAGAUAUAGAGAGCAGUUUUUUUAAUGUUUUACAGUAUGUGUAACAGGUUUACAGCUACUUCCCCAAAAGUUUAUUCUUAUAUCCCUGAAUGUGUGAACUCAUGUGUUUUUGAAUUUUAGGCUGUAAACCCUGCAGCUGGAUUUUGCUUUGGCCUGUAUUAAGGCAUUUCAUUGUCAUCUGUACCAUUUUGUUUAAGUUUCUUUGUGUGUUUAAGAAAGUCAGUACAAAAUAAUUCUGUAUUGUCAUGUGGUGAUCCUUUCACUUUGGAUCUUUGAAGGGCAAAGAAAAGUACACAAUAAGGUUUCUUUGAAGAAUAUAAUAGUUCUGAAAUAAGGUGAUGCUAUGAAAUAAUUUUGUGACAAGGUGUGGCUCAGAGGUCUCUAGACUCCUUUUCCUGCAAUAUUGGUAAAAUCUUCCUAUGUGCUUCAUACUCCUGUUGAUGCUGACCAGUUGCAGGAGCAGAUAUUCUUGCUACCACAAAUACUAUAUUCCUAUGUUAACUUGCAGCAUAUAAGGAAAAAUAACACUGAAAUAGAAGAAGAAUAUAAUGGAAUACUACCGAAGGGCAAGAUGACAUCACGAUAAAAAUAAAGAUAUCUAUUAUAUUGGUGGUGCAAACUCAAUUGCAAUUUUUUUUUCAAAAUGAUCUAUUUUUUCAGACUCAUUCUGCAGCUUGCUACAUCUGUUUUUGUGGGGAUGAUAUUAAUAAAGCUAUUAACAAGAGUGAAAAAUGCAAAUAAGUGUUUCCCCUUUUGGUAUACAACUCGUAAUAUAAAGAUUCCAUGGAUGAAAAUCUUAAAGGGGAAAACAAGAAGCUUGGGAAACUCUGAAAAAUAUGAUCAUUAAAGCCCAUUCCCGUCUUGGUAUGGAAUGGGACAUUUAGGUACCGACACUUGGCUGUUCCCACUUCGCUCCCAGCCAACUGCCACUGUCAAACCACAGCAGGCUUUCCUCUUCCGUUGGCCCACGGCCAGUGAUUGUCCACUGUCAAUGGCUCCCUGAUCCUCCACCUCCAGCCCUGUGUCCUAGCUGAUUCCCGAAGGCACAGUUUGACCUGGGUGUUUUGCUGCCUCGGACAAAUAGCCACCAGCCAAUUGGGUGGCGGAUGGCAAUGAUGGCACUGGGUGGGCAGUGCAUAAUUGGCGGUGGGCAGGACAAUCGCAGGGGGUGUGGGGGCGGUGUGUUAUGCAGUCGAUGGCAAACUGGAGUGGAAGAGCAAGAUUGGUAGCAUGUGACUGCCAGCAGUGCACGGGUGAAGGGGAAUCCUGAGGACUGUGGGAUAAAGCACAAAAUGCAAAUUCUGAAGCAGGAAGACACUACUAUAAAGCUGUCUGGAAAUGCAAAACCACAAAUCUAUCUGCCAAUCCCCCCCCCCAGAUUAAUUCUUUCUCUCAAUCCUUUCCAAUCCUUACAUAAAUAAAAAAUGGCAGGCAAGGCUUUCCAUUUUGUGGAGUGGGAGGCAACAGUGGUGAGGCAACAGUGGUUGUUCGGAUGUCAAUAUGGGAAGCCUCCACUGCUCCACAAGUUUUUUU